AUGUAUAAUAAUAACCUCAAAUUUGCCUUGUCAAGCACGAGAAAAUUCUAUGUCAUUGGUGGGAUAGGUGUUGAUCACUUAGAGCAGCUAAUAUGUGGUGAAGAGUUUGAUCUCAAGACCAGAAAAUGGCGUGAAAUCCCCAACAUGUUCCCAAGAGCUGAGGGGGCUGCGAGGCGUAGUACUACUGAGGCACCGCCUUUGGUUGCUGUGGUGAACAAUAGUUUGUAUCUAGCAGAUUAUGCACUGCUGGAAGUAAGGAGAUAUGAUAAAGGCAAGAACUCAUGGGUCACCAUUGGAAGACUUCCUGAGGGAGCAAGUUCAAUGAAUGGCUGGGGAUUAGUUUUUCGGGCAUGUGGAGAUAGGCUUAUUGUUAUUGGUGGUCCUACUUGUUAUGGUGUAGGGGCGAUUGAUAUUAAUGCUUGUGUCCCAGGAGAACGUGCAGUACAGUGGAACCUGCUUGCCAGAAGGCAAUCAGGAACCUUUGUAUAUAACUGUGUGGUGAUGGGAUGUUAA